GAUGGUUUAGUGCCACCCCAGCCGACUGCUCCACAGGCCGUGUUGUCCUACACCACUGCGGCACUGUCACCCCCUCCAGGCCUUGCUGCCACGCCAAAGCCACAGCCGACCCUGCCGCUUGUGCCUCUACCAGCGGCUUGCUCGGCGGUGCCGGCAUUUUGGCCUGUGACCGCUGUCCUGCCAGAGUAUGAGGACGAGGCUAUGGGGCAUCUAGCUGACCAGCUACUGGCCCUCCUGGACGAGCCCGAGACCAUUCACCUCGCAAAGCUGCUGCUGACGCAGGGUUUCCUCAAGGAAGAGGACGUCCCUGGUCUCAUCGCCAAUGAGCAAAACUCUGGCCUGCAGCCUCGCCCAGUGCCCAAGGCCGACCGACCAUCCAAGGCAGCGCGAAUGAUGCCGGCAGUGCCGCAGAUGACACCUGCUCCUGCGAUGUCCGAGCCGCUGAUGUCUCUGCGUGACGCUUCGGGGGAUGGGGCGGCACGACAGGAGCUUCCACAAUCACGAGCUCUGCAGGCAGGACAAGAUGAAGCGGCGCAGGUGCCGGAAACUCCCCAGCCAGUGCACCUCUCCACGUUUGUGGGCUUGGUCCCGAAGCUCCAAGAGGCCUGUACUUCGCCGAUGGAUCCCAUGACGAAGCUGCAGCAGCUUCCCACCAUCGCAGAGCACCUGAUGAGCCUGCCAGGACUGGAUCCCAGCCAGUGGCUCCCAACAUUUCUCCAGAUGAUGCAAGAGCUGCUGGCUGCAGGCCCACAGAUACCAGCCAGAGGAGCCGCAAACACAGGCAUUCCACCUGCAGACCACGGGGUGCUCAGAGCCCAACACCAGGUGGGCCUGGGAUCACGGCUGCAGGAGUCAGCAAGCAUUUCGGCUCCCAGUGACCUGCUUGCGUCAGAGAGCUUCGACGAGGAGGAUGGCGCCGCCUUGGAGCAGUGGACCUACAUCGGCAGCUCCAGUACAGACGAGCGUGGUGAGGCCUUGCCUUCGACAGUCAAGGCUGUGACAUCGUUCAUCAUCCAGAACCUCCCACUCGACUUCAACCAGCAAAAGGUCAUGGACUUCAUCGACAGUUUCGGGUACCGGGAUCUCUAUGAUGUGCUUCUGUGGUUCCCCGCCAAGAAAUCCAGUCGACGUCAAACCUCCAGCGCCUUUAUCAACUUUCGUAACCCAGAGCUUGCGGUAGUCUUCCGCACACAGUUCCACAACUCCAAGAUAACAGAUGGCGACACGAAGCUGAACAUCUGUCCGGCCAUCGUGCAGGGCUUCACAGAAAACUUCGUCAAGUUCUGGCACCUGACCCAGAAGGACCCCCACAGUGGGAGCAUCUGCUGCCCGUACUUUGCAUCCGACCAGAUGGAGAAGGUGACCGAUGACGUUUGGAGCCGAGCACGGGCGAUGCUCGACACCUCUGGUCAAACGCGAGGAUCGCCAGAACAAGAGGGGUUUUCAAGGUGUCCGUUUGCUGCCUUGAGCCGCUGGCAGGGUGUAUGUCAGGACUGCGAAGAUCCAGAUUCCGAGUGUGCGCUAAUCUACUUGCGACUCUCUUCGCAUGCCGUGAUUUUGUACCCAUGUUUCUGGUGUGCCGGUGCCUCAUUAAUCAUUAAGCAUGGACUCUGCAACAUGAAACCGCAGGAAGACGAUGUUUUUUCGCGACUCAACACCAUGUCUGGCUGCCCUUGA